AUGAAGUUUAUGAAGUUAGGUUCCAAGCCUGAUGCUCUUCAAGCUGAUGGAAACUCUAUCAGGUAUGUGUCAUCUGAAUUGGCUACAGAUGUUACCAUUAAUCUUGGUGAUGUUAAGUUUUAUCUUCACAAGUUUCCUCUACUGUCAAAGAGCAACCGACUACAAAAAUUGGUAUCUAAAGCUAAUGAAGAGAAUUCUGAUGAUAUUUACUUGGAUAAUUUCCCUGGCGGGCCAAAGGCCUUUGAAAUAUGUGCAAAAUUCUGUUAUGGAAUGACUGUUACUCUUAAUGCUUACAAUGUUGUAGCUGCUCGUUGUGCAGCUGAAUACCUUGAGAUGACUGAGGAUGUUGAUAGAGGAAACUUGGUUUUAAAGAUCGAGGUGUUUCUUAGCUCAAGUAUAUUACGUCGCUGGAAGGAUUCUAUAAUUGUUCUCCAAACUUGUAGAUCUCUUCUGCCAUGGUCUGAGGAUUUGAAGAUAGUUGGAAGAUGCAUAGAUUCCAUAGCUUCUAAAACUUCUGUGGACCCAGCAUACAUCACUUGGUCUUACACUUAUAAUAGGAAGUUAACUGAAACUGAUAAAAUUAUUGAGGACAAGAUGACAUUUCUAGAGAAAAUUGAGUCUGUUCCUAAGGAUUGGUGGGUUGAAGACAUAUGUGAGUUGGACAUUGAUCUUUACAAACGAGUAAUGGUUGCUGUGAAAUCAAAGGGAAGAAUGGAUGGUGUUGUGAUUGGGGAGGCACUAAAAACCUAUGCAUUAAGAUGGAUACCUGAUUCUGUUGAUACAUUGGUUUCUGAUGCCAAUGCCUCAAGGACCAAAUCUGUGGUAGAAACAAUUGUUUGUUUAUUGCCAUAUGAUAAUGGCUUCGGUUGUUCAUGUAGUUUCUUGCUGAAGCUAUUGAGAGUGGCCAUAUUAGUUGAAGCAAAUGAGUCAUCUAGAGAAGAAUUGAUGAAGAGCAUUGGCCUCAAAUUGCAUGAAGCCAGUGUCAAAGAUUUAUUGAUUCCAGCAAGGUCUCCCCAAAUUACCACAUAUGAUGUUCUUUUGGUACAAGGUCUUUUGAGUCAAUACAUGAAUCACGAAAAGGGAAGCCGCGGUAUGGAGGUUGUUGAGGAGAAACAUGGAGGGGAAGAUAAAUGUAUUUUAGCAUGUGGAUCUUUAUUGAAUGUUGGCAAGUUGAUGGAUGGUUAUCUUGGAGAAAUUGCACAUGAUCCUAAUCUUGGCCUCUCUAGUUUUGUUGAUUUGUCACAAUCCAUUCCAGGUUUUGCUAGGCCAGAUCAUGAUGGUCUAUACAGAGCUAUAGACAUCUACUUGAAGGAGCACCCAGAUUUGACAAAAGCUGAAAGGAAGAAGCUAUGUGCAUUGAUGGAUGUCCGGAAAUUGACAGCAGACGCUUCUAUGCAUGCUGCGCAGAAUGAACGCCUUCCUCUUAGAGUAGUAGUGCAGGUUCUCUUUUUUGAUCAGGUCAGGUCUUCUAUCAGCUUUCAAACACUCGGUACCAAUAGUGGGCGUGAUCCUACACAGUCUCCGAUGAACGGAGAUGGAAGAUGUGAGAAAACGGCUGGAGAUAGGUGCCAACCCCUCAAGAACCAGAUGAGUCAUUUGAGGAUCAAGGAGGAGGAGUUACAUGAAAAUGGGAAGUUGAGUAAGAAGAAUAGCAAAAGUGGCAUUCAGUUGCUGCCAUCGCGGUCUAGGAGAAUCUUUGACAAGUUAUGGAGUGGGGGAAAAGGGCUAGGAGAGAAUAGGAGCUCAGAGACUUCAGGGAGUUCUAGUAGCCCAACUUCAUUAGGCCAUGGAGAUACCAAAUCAUAUAGCCUAUCUUUGAGACACCAGAGGCAUUCUGUCUCUUAGGGAGUUGGUAGAUUAUUUAGAGCAUGCAAAUUGCUGUAUAAGUGUAAAGUGGUGAGAAGUCAAGUUACUGUUAUAUUGCAGUGCAUGCACAGAAUGAGGAAAAGGGUUGGUUAGCAUUGCAUUAAAAUGUAAUGUAGUUUAUCUUUCUCUUGUAAGACCUUCCAUCAUACAGAAUGGUCAGUGGGUUAGGGAUAUGUAGGUCCUGUUUGGUAUUCCUAAUAUGUUGCCUUCUGUAUCGGACCUAACUGCAGCAAUGAUUCAUGUCUUUUUCUG